AUGGAGGAACCUGAUAAGGAACAAGUAAGAAACAUGCUAACUUCCUUAGGAAAAAAGCCGUCAGAAGAGCAAGUGAAUAGAUUUAUUAAUAUGGCUAAAAGCGCGGAGAAAAAAAAGAAACCGGUAAAGGUGGCUCCUAAGAAGAAAAAAGCAAGUAAUACCCCAGCAACACGACAUCGUCGAAAAAAAAUUUUAAAGCAAGCCAAGGGAUAUUUUGGAUCCAAACGCAAAUUAUUUAAAACUGCCAAGGAGCAGGUAAUUAAAGGACAUCCAGUCAAACCGGACAAAAAAUUUGCUUCUCCCCUAGUUAGUCAGUUAAUUAACAAGGUAAUGAAAAAUGGGGAAAAGAGAAAAGCCACCCAAAUAGUUUACCAAGCAGCUCAAUUGAUUGAAAAAAAUACUUCUUCGCCUUUUUUAACUGUUUUGGAGGGAGCCUUAGUUAAUAUUAAACCGGUCAUUGAAAUGAAAAGCCGUAAAAUUGUCGAAGGAGCACAAGAAAAAAAAACCACUAAUCCGAUGUAUGAAAAAUUGGCCGAGGAAAUCAGUAAUGAUUAUAAUAAAUCUGGUGAAGCCGUCAAGAGAAAAGAAACUCUCUACAAAGAAGCCGAAUCAGGCAGGCGCGGAGAUAACAAAUUACCAGACUCUGUUUCCCCAGAAGUGAUUAAAACUUUUUUAGCAAAAGUGAAGGAAAAAAAAGAAAAUAAAAUAGGGAAUAACAGUGAAAAAACCAACUUAAACAUUGGAGACUUGGACGAAUUACCCACCUCGACCAAAAAAAGCAAAAAGUUAAAAUUACCAUUGAGCCAUCCGGCUGAGAAAUUAGUGAUGUGCCAGCAAGCAUUUGUCAAAAGCAAAGAAAAACAUUUAAUUAAAUUAGAUAUCGAUGGAACCAGCACUAAUCCUGACUUUUCCACUUUAAAUCAGAAACUAAAAGUAACUUUGCAAAAAUUAGUAAAACAAGGACACAAAAUUUGUUUCACUACCGGACGAAAUUAUUUAUCGGCCUUGCCUUUUUAUCAAGAGGUUGGUUUGGACACUUUUUUAGUCACUUACAACGGAGCCUAUAUUAAUAACCCUUCGGAAAAAGCACAGGAACAAAUAGUAGUUAAUCCGAUGGCUAAUGAAGUAAUAAAAAGCAUUCUCGCUGAGCCGAUAAUUAAACAAAAUCUCUGCAAUGUUAUGAUUGAUAAAAUAGACCGCACAACCAUUAGCACCAGUGAUGACAUUUACUACCAAGAAAUUUUUUUUAAUGGCAACCCUUACACCAAAGGGGAUAUUUGGCAACUUUUAGGCGGAAAAGAUGCUUUACAAUUGGUUUUGGAAUUUCCGAACAAUGAGGGAAUGCUCAAUGACAUUUUGGCAAUCUUACGUAGUAAAUAUAGUGCCGGCAUUACCUUUUAUUUUGGCAGUAAAUUAAAAGCCAAAAAUCCGGGUGAAAAAAUCCUGGUUCCUGACCCUGACAAAGCAAUAAUAAAAAUUCGAAAUAAAUUUGCUACCAGUUAUUACAACAUUCCUUUAUCACAUACUAUCGCCUUUGGUAAUGAUAUUAAUGAUAUCGAGUUAAUGCACACGGUUGGUCGAGGCAUUGCUAUGGCUGACAGCAUCCCCCAUUUAAAAGCCUAUGCUUAUGGUAUAACUGAUUUUGGUGUUCUUAAUAGUGAUGAAGCCGAGAACCUCCAACUGGUAGCCGAUGAUCCCUUUGCUAAUUUUCAAGAGGAUAUCAAAAAAGAAAAAACCCAAACAGCAAUC